CAUCUUGUAGCCAAUCAUUACCUUACUGAGGGGAGUAGCGCAUUGUUCAAAAAUUUCCAACGCUUUCAGGCGAGGUAAACCAGCCCAUUAGCUCAGACAGUCUCAGAUGUAAACCUAUGGAGAAGAUUUACCUGAAAACAUUCGAGACUUUCAUUUCUGAAAAACUUUAGGCGAGAUAGAGACUUUAGCUUAUUAAAAGAUUAAAAUCUAGCCGCUAAAUUCUAUCGAAGGAAUAGAAUCUGAUUUUAUCGGAGAACAUGGCGCUCUCAUUGUCCUCUCCUUAUGGAUGUCCAUCUGAUGAGGAGGAAGACAUGGCUGUGUUGGAGUCCACAGCAGCAGAGCACGGAUGCCUGACCAGGCCGCGUCUACCUGAGCUCUCGGUCAUUUCUCCAGGUCUGGAUGCUCGAUCAUCUGUUGUGGCUCAGAAAACGGUAAAGAAACCUGGAAUCUGUGAUGAAGGGAAUAUGGAGAGGGUGAACGUUUUUCUCCGUAUCCGACCACUUACGGACACAGAGAGAGAGCAGGGUGAAGAACAGGGCUGUGUGACUGUCCAAGAUGAUGCCACCCUGCUGCUCAAAGCUCCAAAGGAGUCUCAGAAUUCCAAGACCGCAGAGAAGGGAGUCACCCAAAGCAUUCACAAAUUCAGUUUCUCCAAGAUCUUUGGUCCAGAAACGUCUCAGCGGCAGUUUUAUGAUGCUACUCUGAAGGUGAUGAUAAAUGAUGUUCUUAAAGGAGAGAACAGGCUCCUCUACACAUAUGGUGUCACCAACUCUGGAAAGACCUACACCAUCCAAGGCAGCGGGCAGGAAGCGGGCCUCCUGCCGCGAGCUCUAGUAUCCCUGUUCAGGAAGCUGCAGGGCCGUCUUUACAGCGCUAUGGACCUGAAGCCUGCGAUGUCUCAGGAUGUGAGGCAGCUCGACUCCAGCGAGGUCAAGAUGGAGGAAAUCCGCAGAAACUCUCUGCUCAAGGAGGAUGAGAAUCUAACGUCUCGGCGAGCUGGGACGACCACGAUCUGGGACAGCGGCAUUGGCUCUACUACUCAAAUCACUACACAGCUGGAAGACACUGACAGUGUUUGUCUGGACCCGGACAGCCUUUCUCUCAGUGGAGGGGACAGUCUGGAGGAAGGGGUGCAGUUUUCCAUCUGGGUGUCCUUCUUUGAGAUCUACAAUGAGUUCCUGUAUGACCUGCUAGACGCCUCGCCGUCCCUGCAGUCCCGAAAACGAAUCACGCUGCGGCUGAGUGAUGACAAGCAGGGCAACCCCUACGUGAAAGACCUUACCUGGAUCCAGGUGCGCAGUGCAGAGGAAGCCUGGAAGAUUCUGAAAGCUGGACGCCGAAACCAGAGCUUUGCCAGCACUCAUCUUAACCAAAACUCCAGCAGAAGCCACAGCAUCUUCUCCAUCCGCGUCCUGCACGUCCACCCCGAUGCCGUUCCAGGCCAGGCUUUGCACAUCAGCGAGCUGACGGUGUGUGAUCUGGCCGGCUCUGAACGCUGCAAAGAGCAGCGUAUUGGAGAGAGGAUGAAGGAAGCCACCAACAUCAACACCUCCCUCAUGACCCUGGGGCGCUGCAUCACUGCCCUGAGGCACAACCAGAACAAAUCCCGCCCACCCCAAGUGGUCCCCUUCAGGGACAGCAAGCUGACACGGGUCCUGCAGGGCUUCUUCUGUGGGCGGGGAACGUCUUGCAUGGUGGUCAACAUCAACCCGUGUGCUUCCACCUACGACGAAACCCUCCAAGUCCUCAAGUUCUCUGCAAUUGCAACUCAGCUCGUCCACGGCCCAUCCACUAAGAGCAGAGUGGCCUACAUUCUCUCCAUGCUCCGGGAGCAAACGGCAAACAGGAACGAAAGCACGGUGAUCCAGGAAGAAGAGGAAGAAAGUGACGUUGAAGACGGAGACACCACCAUGCUGAACACUGAGACUUUGCUGCAAGCGAUCAACAUCCUGAAGCGAGAAGUGCUGCGUCAGCGCGCAGAGAAAGAAGCUCUGGAGGCCAACGUGAGGGAGCAGGUGGUUUCCGAGAUGAUGGAAGUCAUCAACAACAUGCAAGAAGGUUUCAAGGAGACCUUAGAGACUGAGAAAGGUCUGAUUGAAGAGCUGUAUGAAAACAAGAUCGCCUGCCUGCAGAAACAUCUGAAGAAAUUCUACAGCCAAGAACUCGAGGAGCGAGAUCAAGAGAUCGAGGCUUUGUCCGCUGCUCUAAAGGAACAAAAGAAGGAGGCGGAGGCACAGGUCUCUGUGUCGGAGCCUUCAGGAGAUUCUGAGGGUCCUCGGCGCUCGCAGCGACUUGGAUCCAUCGAAGUCUGCAGGCUGCAAGCUGAACUCGAGCAGUGUCGCACUGAGCUGUUUGCCAAGACUCAAGAACUGAUGAAGCUGAAGGUGAAGUUUGAAGUACCCGGUGGAGCUGGAGCCGUCACCGGUGCAGCUGACCGCAAACUGCAGGGCUGUCAAAAGAACCUGCGGCAGCUGCGGCUGGACUUGCAGAGGCUGGGAGAGGAGCUGCAGUCUGGGGAGAGAGCCUGCUGUCGCAACACCGGAGGGGAGAGGCUGCGCCACACGCUAAUGGCUGCAGACGACACUCUUGUGAAGCAGAACCAGAUCCUGACGGAGCUGCAGAACAGCCUGAUGCUGGUCAAAGCUGAGCUGCGGCGCAAAGCUGAGACCCAGGCGCUCUCGACAGGCUUCACCACGCCCACCACAUUGGGCUUCUGCAAAAAACGGGGCUGCACGCCCGCCGGCGACGCUGAAAACUUCCCGCCACAAAAGCGCCCCUUCUUCCAAACGCUGUUCCCACCGCGAACCCCGACAACCAGAUACUGCACCCGCGCCGCCGCCAGCUGUACCCCGUACUCGCGGAUUCUGAGGUCACGCCAACAGACGCCCCCUCACAGCCCUGUCCUUACUCCUCGCGGUCUCCGAGGGAAGCACUGAGCUCAAACGUCACAGAAUAUGCAACAAAAAAAAUGCUGGUCAUCUUUAUACUGUUUUAACCGCCUGCUUUUUGCUAAACUUGCCGCCGUGCCAGAUAUACUUUAUUAGCCAGUAAAGCUGCAGGAGAGAAAAGGAAACGGAUUAGUGUAAGAAAAUAAAAGCAGAUUGUUUUUCAGAAUAAAA